AGAUAGAUAAAUAGAUGUUUAGCAGUAUUUAAUGAAAAUUGUGAUGAGUCACUCGAUGCCUAUAAAUAGACAUUUAUGUGAAUAAACAAUUGUGUCCAGCCCUAAACCCAAUAAAAUAACAUGCCGUAACAUUCCCAAAAUGCUCGAUAUAGUGCAUGCGUAAGCGGGCCACAAUGUAUGGAGCAGAUUCGAUGACUCAUUUGGAAUUAGAUGACGAUGGCCUCUUUGCAUACUAUUAACAGGACUCCCCAGAACCUUCUUUAGUCUUUACACACAGCACCAUCUCAUUAAUUUAAUUAAUGAAUCACUAAGCAUUAAACUAAUGACGAGCAUCGUACGAUAUUAAUAAAGGAUUAGUUAAGUACCCAACACAUGUUGUCCUCCCAUUGGCUCGAAACCACUUUCCGCUAAACACAUCAACAACCCACUAAGGCCAUCAAGAUCCGAUCGAUCGAUGCUUUUGAGCUGCAUAACUAAGAUCUCCCAUUACUUUUCUUGUACGUUAAUCAUUAAUAGCGAGACAUGAGGCGGGUACCAUAUGUUUUUAGUUUGAAUCUCGCCGCUUAUCGUUAGUAAAUGGUAUAUGAUCCACGAUUGAACCUCUCCCAACAACUCGAGUUAUUGGGAUCAACCGGUUCUUGACAUGAUAUCAGAGCCUUCUGUGACCGAGAGGUCUUCUGUUCGAAUCCCGAUGACCCUCAUAUGUUUAUGUUUCUAUUAAGCACACGGUGUCCGGACAUGUGCUUGUCCAAACUCCAAGCCUAUCUGAUGACUUGAGUUUGAAGGGGGGUGUUAGUAAAUGGUAUAUGAUCCACGAUUGAACCUCUCCCAACAACUCGAGUUAUUGGGAUCAACUGGUUCUUGACACUUAUAUCAUGUAUUAUGUGAAAAAAGUUUUAUGGGUAUUCGAUGAUAUAGUUGUAUGCUCAUCAAUCACACAAUUCUUGAUAUGUCAUAAACUAGUUGGUCCCAAUAACUCGAUUUGUUGAGAGAGGUCCAUGUAUGAUACUUAACUUUUUACACGCCCCCUCAAAUGAAAACCGACUCAUGGGUUUAAAGUUUGCAUAGGCCCGCCAUACUAUGUGCUUUAACACAUUAAUUAAUAUUGGGAGUCGUGAAAACUUAAACACGUGACCUCAAAGACAAACCAACACUGAUAUAAUGUAAUAAACGAGUUAUUGGGACCAACUAUUUAUGAUCAUGAUGAUAAUCAGAGCCUUAAUAUUUUCCUUGACAAAGAUUAAUAAGUUGUGCGUUGGUAAACGAUCUAGCUAGUAGAUACACGAAACACUUGUUUGGGUUUGAUUGGAGCAUGAAACUUGCCUAAGGACCAAGGUGGUGGAAGUGAUGGGUUGGCUUCACAUAAUAGGAUGGAAAUGGAAGGACGAAAGAUUCUUUCGGGCAACAAUUAUAAGUGACUAAUGAGAUCACCAAAAGUUGCUAAAAACGAGUGAAAGGAACAACAAGGACAGGAGCAAUAGGGAGACAAAGAAAGAAGGACAAGAAUAGUGGGUGCAUGGCUGGUGAGAGCGUAUAUAUAUAAUGGAAGCCCACAUUCAGUUCAUGUCACACAUAUUCCAGACAAAGCUAGCUAACCAUCCUAUACACUCUAGAAGCCUGAAAAAGAGAACUCAAACAAACAACUCAAUAUAGGAUCAAGAAUGGUAGGGAUGAAGAUGGGAUGGGGUGGAUAUGGCCACGACGAACAUGGCUGGAGGAAGGGGCCAUGGACUCCUGAAGAAGACAAGUUGCUGAGUGAAUAUGUGAAGCUCUAUGGGGAUGGAAGGUGGAGCUCUGUUUCCAAGUGCACAGGUCUAAAGAGGAGUGGGAAGAGUUGCAGGCUGAGGUGGGUGAAUUACCUUAGGCCUGGACUUAAGAGAGGCCAAUUAACACCUCAGGAGGAAGGCAUCAUUAUCGAACUCCAUGCUCUCUGGGGAAACAAGUGGUCGACCAUAGCAAGUUACUUGCCAGGAAGAACGGACAACGAGAUAAAGAACUACUGGAGGACCCAUUUCAAGAAAAGAUCAAAACCAUCAUCGCCAGCCGAUGAGAUCGCUGGUCAUCAUCGAAAGCGACGAAGAUCAUCACCAUCCGCAGCCUUUCCUCGCCAUUAUGAUCAUAAUUAUCAGCAGACCAUCGUCAUUAACAGCGACCAGUCGUCGCCAUCGGCCGCAACAGACGAUAACAACCAACUGCAAGAGCAGAUCCAGCUGGUGGCGGAUCCACUACUGGCCGUUGAUUGUCAGAAGCAGAAGCAGCAGGAGGAGGAGGACAAGAAUCCGACGUGUGAGAUGAUGAUGAACCCGGGGAAUUACAACCAAUGGCCGGCGCAGCAAUAUCAACUCGUUCCGGCGGCUUUUGGUUCUGGUCCGAUCGUUGAGGAUUGGCUGUGGGGCGGGUUGUGGAACUUCAACGACGCCGUCCAGUGAACAUUAUGUCCGCCUGCCGCCGCCGGCCAUGCACGUAAAGAUGAGACUGCUUGCGUACGUAGUAAUAAUAUAUAUAUAUAUAUAUAUAUAUAUAUAUAUAUAUAUAUGUUAGGAGAUAAUUAAUUAAGUAGCCUCAGUAAUGUGGGCUCCAGCUGCGUGCAUUCAGCUCAUCGUCAUUGGUUGUAUUGUCUUUUACAUAAUUACAUCCGUUGUUAUUUGCUCUUAAGAAAAAAAAUGCUCUAUG